AUGAUCGCAUGCUUUUAUUUUGAAGGUCGACGCCUGAACCGGAAAGAGGAUUUCAACAACCAUUAGCAAGUUGAAUGGGAGGAAAAGGAGUCAGUAAAAAACAAACAUGAACAAGCUGAAGUCCUCUCAGAAGGAUAAAGUUCGUCAGUUUGUGAUCUUCACACAAUCCAACGAGAAGACUGCAGUGGCUUGCUUGUCCCAGAAUGACUGGAAACUAGACGUAGCCACAGACAAGUUUUUCCAGAAUCCAGAGCUCUACGUUUCAAAUCUAAAGGGGGUUUUAGACAAGAAGAAGCUUGACCAGCUGUACAGCAGAUACAGAGAUCCUCAUGAUGACAACAAAAUAGGCAUCGACGGGGUCCAGCUGUUCUGUGAUGACCUGGGUCUGGACCCUGCGAGUAUAAGUGUGCUUCUCAUAGCCUGGAAGUUCAGGGCAGCAACUCAGUGCGAAUUCUCCAAACAAGAGUUCAUGGAUGGCAUGACUGAACAGGGGUGUGACACCAUCGACAAGCUAAAAGCUCAGCUGCCAAAGAUGGAGCAAGAGUUGAAGGAUCAAGGGAAAUUUAAGGACUUCUACCAGUUUACAUUUAAUUUUGCAAAGAAUCCUGGCCAGAAGGGUUUGGAUCUAGAUAUGGCAAUUGCAUAUUGGAAUUUAGUACUGGUGGGAAAAUUCAAGUUUUUGGACUUGUGGAACACCUUUUUAUUAGAACACCACAAAAGAUCUAUUCCCAAGGACACUUGGAACCUCUUACUAGACUUCAGCACCAUGAUCACAGAUGACAUGUCGAAUUAUGAUGAGGAAGGAGCGUGGCCCGUCCUCAUUGACGACUUUGUGGAGUUUGCACGGCCACACGUCGGCACCAGAAGCACAGCAGUUUAACGGCUGAUCCUUCACAACAAACAUCGUGUGAAUUUUUCUGUGAGACGGAAGGCGGCGAACGGAGGACAAGCGCGCCGCACUGAGCUGAGAGUUAUGUUGCCUUUUCAACACUCAGGACUGAAAUACUUUACACUGCAGAGACGGAUAUCAAUGCGUGUGUGUGUUUAUACAUGAAACGGGCCAAUCUCUUGGCUCGGCAUUUUUGCGACGGUUCGGGACUUUGAUCUAAAGUAUUAAGCCUUUAUGAAAGCUCAAAGCCAACCGCAGAGGAGUCGCCAUCCUUGCCCACAUGGUCCGUGGUGUUGGCUGUCGUCACGGACGCACAUGGGCGAGCCUGAGUUGUAAUCUGAAACCUCUCAAAGGAAUAUUCUUUAAACCUUGAAUUUUAUGUGCAUUCCUAUUUUUGUUUGUCGUUUUAUGAUACAUACAUGAUACAUUGUGUGACAAGUCAGUAUAUAACAUUGAUUGUAAUUUUUUUUUUAAAAGCAUAUUGUUGUUAAAACACAAAAGUAUAAAGAUAAAAUAAAUAUUUCAAUUUGCUGUCUUUAACCAGGUCUUGUGCAUUUGUGCUUAAAAAGAAAAGAGGAUGCGUUUGUGCCAGUUGGAUGAGGUCAGAUGCCAGAACAGAUUUUUAUUCCAGUCACUGCAACGCUUUCAGUGACUUAAAACAUGUCAUUUCUUAUAUUACAGAUUCAGAAGUUGUACAACCACAUAAAUACACUAGAACAACACUGUAGGGGGCACAUGUAGAGGGGGCUAAAUCUCCAGGGCAGCUGCUGUUCAUUCAUCCUUCAUCUUUUGAUUUAAUUUCAUUUAACAACACUAAUCAUAUUGUUCCUUUUUAUUAUUAUUAUUCUUUACUGAUGGGUGUCAUGGUAUAAAAGUCAGUGAUGUUUUCUCAAAUGUUUUUGGCGUGGAUGGCUUUGUUUUACUGCUGC